CACAAUUACAGUCUCUCCACACCUCCAGUGUCCCCUCCCUUGAGGCGACACGCACGCGCCCGACUUUCAAGAUGCCUCGUAAAUUGGAUAGUGACACGCGCGCGAAUUUCAAAAUCUACGAGGACGAGGCUCAUGCACAGAGACGAGCCUUCUGCCUACACUGCAACAAGGAUGCCUGCGCCGACAACAUCCAGCGCAUGAAGAACCACCUCCUACGUUGCGAGUCUUACAUAAAAGGUGGUGAGCCCGGCAUUUACCACAUGCUCGUGGACGGGCUGCCUGGGCCUGUACCCGGGCCUGGAACCGAGCCCAUGCAGCAGCAGCAGCAGCAGCAGCAGCAGCCGGAGGAUGUAUCCACGCAGGCAGCUGGCGGGCAAGGAGGCUAUCACAAUUAUGCCAUGCCUGAUAUCAGCCACAGCCCCGCCAUGGGGGGCAGCAGCUCAUCACACCAGCACGGACCGCACGCCAGGACCAGCAGCGGCGUGAUGAGCAUGGCGGCGAUGACAGAGCCAUCAGUGCCACCUGCGCCGUCCCCAACGCUGCCAGGUUCCAGCGGACUAGGCAUGCCUCCGCCAUCGCCAAUACCACCAGCAGCAGCAGCAACGACAACAACAACAACGUCCACCAACCCCAGCGAUCUCAUGGCGCCUCCUCGGCCGGCGCAGGCGACAAAGGCGACGCCGGCGGCGCCAGGGACAGGGUCGCUGGCCCAGCCCAACCCAAAGGCGGCCCAGAACAGCCUGGACAAGGUGCGCCACGCGAUGGGCCGGUCGACCCGGCGGAUGGAGAGCCUCGAGGCGGUGCUCAAGACGCAGGUGCAGGACGGGAUGCACAACGCGGCGACGCACGUGCGCGCGGCGAUCCGGGACGAGAAGGACAGGCUGUUUAAGCUCUCGCAGACGCUGGUCAGGGCGGAGCUGAGGCUGCGGGAGGCGCCCUUGGGGGGUCCGUUGUAAAGUUCAUGUUCUUUUCUGGAGUCAUGAUGGCGUUCUGGGGUGUCGGCUUGGGGAAUUUGCGUUUUUGGGUCUUGCAUGGGCUUUUAUGAUGCGAAGAUGAUACCUUCUUCUGUUAUGAUCCAAUGAUGUUUUCAUGAUAUGGAAGCUGGAACAGGUUUGGUGAAUCGAGGCGUCCAUCAAUAGGUCAGUUACGAAGUCUUUGCACAGUAUGCAUUUGCAACCAAUUGCCAUGAUCACCAUG